CAAUAUCACUGGUGACACAAAGAGGAGACAUAUCAGCCGCAUUGCCAGGGCUGAAUCAUAAGAGCCAGUCAAUGGCUAAAUCUUUUAUCGCAGGCUUUCCUCUGUCGUUCAUUCGCUUCUUGUUCCGCUAGUCCAGAGCAUCAUUUUUGCCAACACUUUUCUGUCUUUUUCUUCCACUGUGGGGCUCCAUGGCUCUAGACUAUUCGAAGGUCCCUGUCAAAGCUGGCGAUUUGCGUCUAGUGUCACUUGACAGCUCGGCUGAAGAUAUCACCAAAGCAAAAUGGAAGCUAAGAGUCGUAAGCUUGCAUGAUCCAUUGACGCGCUACUACGCCCUUUCUUACAGAUGGGGAGCGCCUAUCAACGAGGAGCCCUUCAAAUCAUAUACAAACGAGCGUGUUGAGUCUAUCAAAAUUGGCGACGGAGAACUUAAAGUUGCCAGAAACCUGCUGGAUUUUCUAAUCCAGGUCAAGGAAGACGAAGAGUUGAAAGACAAGGAGUUCUGGAUCGACGCGAUAUGCAUAAACCAGGAUGAUGACGAUGAGAGGAGCUAUCAAGUCAGCAACAUGAUGGCUGAGAUCUAUCGAAGAGCAAAUUCUGUCAUUGCGUGGCUUGGGGACUCGGAUGCGCACACGAAGCGAGCUUUUGAUCACAUCUCUAAGGUAGCUGACCGGAAUAUUGUCACAUCGGUGGGUAUACCAACCGGGCGAAGAAGUUCUGAGCAUUCUGAUGGAGACGAGGCUUGUUGGGAGGCCAUUGGAAAGAUCUUUGAUCGGACCUACUGGAACAGAUCAUGGAUCAUUCAAGAACUCGUACUCCCGCAGCAUGUUACUCUCCGCUGCGGGGUUUACGACAGUCGAUCUACCGAGGGAACGACAUCUUCCGCCACAACCUUGAAGGCGUCGCGUAACUACGGAGUGCCGGCGAUUCUCAAAGCAACAAAAUCAUCAAUGGUCACAGAGCACUGGACUACUGUGCUCUUAUAUACGCUGAUACGAUCCCGUGACUGCGAGGCUACAGAUCUUGGGGACAAAGCAUACGCUCUGCUGGGACUUAUUCAGGGUCGUCAGGAUAUUAAACAGUUACCGCCGUUGCUGUGCCCCACAUAUGGAAGCGACUGCAGUCCUGGAAAGACAUACCUCGACAUCGCCACCCAGCUUCUCAGGGACUGUGAGGAUCUGCUCGUUCUCUCUUGUGUAGAGGGUUUUCGCAACGUAAAGUUGAAUGGCGCGGACCUUCCCUCCUGGGUUCCUGACUGGAGUGUUAGAUACCCUCUUGGUCUCAGAGUCACCGGAUAUAAAAGAUAUCAAGCAGAUUCGUUCUUCUUUUCACCAGACACGUAUCUCUCACGAGAAAAGAAGCUCGGUCUUUGGCCUGCUGUAGUGGACGAAAGUGAGCUUGCGGUUACUAUCCACGGAAUGCAAGUCGACAAGAUCUCCUUCGUUGCAGAGUCAAAGCUCGAUAUCUUGAAUUGCAAGCCGUUUCCUAGACUCUUGGAGAUGUUACUGAUGCUGCCUGAAAAGUAUGAAGUCACUGGUGAAGGCCGAAUGGAGGCCUUCUGGCGAACGUUGACGCGGAACACUUCUGGAGAGGUCAGGCUUCCUCAGCCAAAAGGAUCAUCAAUGGGGCCUAGUUUCACAAAAUGGAUACAAGAGAGAAUCCGCUCUGUGGUGACGUCCCCGAAAGACGAAAAUCAAUGGAAGAAGCUCAUGGAAACAUUCAAUCAAUUCUGCCUCCGCGAUGUAGAAUGGGUUACCACCACCAAAAGAUCGGAGCUUGAUGUCUCAUCGAUGGAGUUUGGCUCGCAAUUCGCAUAUGGGGAGUACCUUCGACCGUUCAUAACAGAGAAAGGGUACGUUGGACUAGGGUCACAGAAUUUGCAGGAGGGAGAUACAGUCUGGGUGGUGCCACGAUCACGGGUGCCUUUAAUAUUCAGGCAGAAUGGAGAGUUUGAUCAACAAGGUGAUCACCAUUGCCAGUUGAUAGGAGGGGCAUAUCUCCACGGAUUCAUGGAUGGACACGAUAUUCUUUUUCACAAUAUAAGCUUCUACACAAAAAGCUUCCACGAUGUUGGAUGGUACACACCCUCCGCAACAUCCGAGAUAAGCCCCAAUACUCUCUCACGAAUGGGCAAUCUGGCCCACAGCACCCACGUCCUCGUCAGUUUAAGAUAA